CUGGAGCAGUGUCCUUUCGCCAAUCAGCGGGGAGCAAGGCCGUGAUUUGCAGUUCCACAGGCGAGGGAAGGGAAAUGACAUGUUGUUCGCCUCAGAUGCUGUUGCGAUGCGAGGGAAGCUCUAGGCCCACGGGAAGGCAAAUGGGCUCCCUUUGGACCGAUGGCUGAUGCAAACUCUCCAAACAGUCAGGAUGAGGGCACGGAGGCUCCCCAACAUGCUCCCAGGGAGAGCCCCGAAGUUCAAACACCCGGUGACAAUCACGGUGAUCCUCUCAGGGUCACAAGUGGACAUGCAGGUCGCAAUCUGAAGGAGUGGUUGAAGGAGCAGUUCUGUGACCAUCCCAUUGAGCACUGUGAGGACACCCGACUGCAUGACGCUGCCUAUGUGGGAGACUUGCAGACCAUUCAAAGCUUGUUGCAGGAAGAGAGCUUCCAAAGUCGCAUCAAUGAGAAAUCUGUGUGGUGUUGUGGUUGGCUGCCUUGUACGCCCCUGAGGAUUGCUGCCACAGCAGGGCAUGGAAAUUGUGUGGACUUCUUGAUUCGGAAAGGGGCAGAGAUUGACCUUGUGGAUGUGAAAGGACAAACUGCCCUGUAUGUAGCUGUUGUGCAUGGACACCUGGAAUGUGCAAAGAUCCUUCUGGAAGCCGGUGCUGACCCCAAUGGGAGCCGACACCACCGCAGCACCCCCGUGUAUCAUGCUGCUCGGGUAGGUAGGGCUGACAUCCUGAGAGAACUGAUAAGGUACGGUGCAGAUGUGGAUGUCAAUCAUCAUUUGACCUCGGGAAUACCUAGCCCAUCUUCCCGACCACUCACAUCCUUGGUAGUCUGCCCUUUGUACAUUAGUGCAGCCUAUCACAACCUGUCAUGCUUCAAGCUGCUGCUUCAGGCAGGAGCCAACCCAGAUUUCAACUCCUGCGGCCCUGUAAACAUCCAGGGCUUCUCGAGGGGCUCUGCAGUGUGUGUAAUGGAUGCAGUCUUGCGACAUGGCUGUGAUGUGACCUUUGUCAACCUCUUGAUUGACUUUGGUGCCAACCUGAACCUGGUGAAAUGGGAGACCCUGGGGGAAAGAGCUACAGGAAGGAUCAAAGUGAACCCAGAAGCCAUGCAGGUGUUCAAAGAAGCCAGGAGCUGCCCUAGAAGUUUGAUGUUUUUGUGCCGUGUAGCAGUACGGAGGGUAAUUGGGAAAUAUCGCCUGCAUCUGAUACAUACUCUUCCCGUCCCAGACCCUAUCACAACAUUUUUACUUCAUGAGCAACUGUAAGAUAUAGCCAAAAGUUUGAAGGACAAUUUUCCUCCCCGCUCCCCUUUAAUUUAAAGUGUGGUCUCCUGCAAACAAGAAGCAGUACUCUCUAGUGCUAUUCAGUAAUAUAUUCUUUGGUUAAUUUCAUAAAAAAUAUUUGCUGUGAUACUACCUCUGUUACCUACUCCUUGUAAUUUGCAUCUUGGAUUCCAGUAAUGCUACUUCUUGUUGGACAUGAUCUGAUCUGAUACAAUGUAUUCUUCAUAUAUCAUGAAAAAGAUUAUACAUGACCCUAUAAUUACAUGUAGACAGUGAUUUA